CACUCACCGGAAGUGGCAUUGUUUUGUAGCUGGAAGCAGGCAACCCAAGCGACUGCAUCGUUGCAUUUUUCUUCUCCAUUAGUAUAUUUUCACCGGCAGCAAACUGAUUAAUCAACACUAGUCCACAAACAUGCCGACGGACACUUUGAAUCUGGAGUCUCAGCUUUUGUCCAUUAUGGACGUCCUGGUGAAAGCGGCGGUGUUGGAAAUAAGCCAGCUUUUCUCCGAGAGCUCGUCGUCCCUGCGGCUCCACCUCAGCCAGAGCCUGAGGGACAACGAGAACCUGAGGAUGAGGAUGAAGGUGAUGAGGAGCGAGCUCUUCUCCCUCCGACUGCAGACCAGGGCUAACCGACCGGCAAGUCGUUUUUCGGGCUUCCGAGCAAAUACACCCAAAGCCCGGAGCAAAACAACAGUCGUCUUAAAGCCACCUGCCGCCCAAGAAACUCCGUCCGCCUCUGUGCACCUGCAGGCCGAGACGUCCUCGCCUGACACUAAAGAGUGUGCCAUUGAAGAGAGUCCAGAUAUCAUCCUGAUCAAAGAUGAAGAUGACACUGGAGGAUGCGAGCCAAGUCAAAGUCAGGAUGACUGUACGCAAACACAGAACAUGGAGCCUGGAGGUUCUUCCUGUCAGACAGGAAGUAACGAGGAGCUGAGAAUCGUGAGUGUUCACGGACGAGGACAAGGGCCUCUUCAGGAUGAAAUUGACGCCCUUUUUGCUGCAACUGAUCAGCAGGUUUUUAGCACUCAGGACCUUACAGUCACUCAUGAUAGUUUCUUGAGUGUCCCCCCUGGUGCCGGCGAUCGAGGCACAAUGAGAGGGAUGCAGGAUGACAGCGUUGGAGCGUUGAGAAGCAGCCAGUUGGAAAGACUUCCUUCCUCUCAGGUGGCUAUAUUGAAAACGGCUGCUAAUACAGGACAUCCCAGUCACGGCAGCCACUUCCCACCGAAACCGAGCCCCGCCUCGCAGUCUCACGCUGUCAGCAAAUCACAGGACUGCAACUUCUGUGGCAAGCUCUUCCCCAGCCGCGAGGACAUGAUCAUGCACCGCGCCUCUCACACGGGGGAGUCGCCCGUCUCCUGCGCAAUGUGCGGCAAGUCGUUCGCCAACAAGACCACGCUGGGCAUCCACAUGCGCAUUCACACAGGAGAGAAGCCGUACGCGUGCUCACUGUGCGGGAAGCGCUUCACGCAGAACGGCAGCCUGAAGAUCCACCUGAGGACGCACUCCGGGGAGAAGCCCUAUUCCUGUUCUCAGUGCACGGCUAGCUUUAAUAACCCCAGCAACCUGCGUAGACACAUGAUAACGCACAACACUAAUGGGGUGAUCUGACCAUGACCAACUUUUUUUAUUUAUGUCUUUAUUUGUUUAAUGGUAGUUGAAACCUUUUUUUCUUGAGUGAAAAGUCCCAUAUUAUACUAUUUUUUGUUACACAAAACACAUUUUUAUAGUUUUACAUGCAGAAAACAAUUUAAAAUGCAUCAAAAUACAUAUAAAUGAUGAAGGAAAGUGGCAAAUGAACAUUUAAGCUUACUUUUACCUUCAUUGAAGACGUGAUUCUUGACGUGACUGAACAGGACGGUGGCGAUGGGUCGAUCUCGCUGCCACAUCGUGUCUUUGGGAACAGGCACGUGUUCAGUGAAGGUAAAGUUAACCUUGAAUGUUCAUUCAUCCCUUUCAUUCCUCAUUUAUGUGCAUUUAGAAUGGUUCUAUGCAUGUAAAACUAUAAAAACAUGUUUUGCGUUAACACUGUUGAGCGUCAACCGCUGAUGACAUCAUAGACGGGCUUCCGGUUCCGCUUGCCAUUUUGUUAGCUAGCUAAUGGGAUGCUAACAAGGAAGGACGUUUUGUGAUUUAAAACAAAAACAAAAAAACAUUAAGAACACAGUUGGACUCACGCAGCGAAUUAACAUCUCAACGAGACGCGCGCCCUAUUGUAUGACAACCGAAGAAUGUACGCAAACCGAGGAAAAAUUGUGUCGUUAACUGAAAGACAUGCUAACCGGGGCAGACACUAACCAAGGUUCCACUGUAAUACAUUUUCGUCACAUUUGGUGUGUAGGGACACAUAUCACUGUUAGAAUAUCAUUAAAAGGCCGUUUUGAGUAAUUGGGGGACCUUUAACUAUACACAGUGUUGACGUUUUGGACAAAUUGAGUUGAGACCAAACAUGAUAUGAGGAUCAAAACCAUCAGCAAUAGCAAAUAAAGCCUUAACUUGUGUUCUGCUCCGAUUCAACAAUAUGGGAUCCUGUGAGGUCAUGGUACCUACGUGGCUUUAGUCGUUAGCCUUACCCCGAAUAUGAUGGAAUUUGGAAUGUUUUUCUGUUAACAUAUUCACAACUUUGACAAUUCUCAAUCACUGGUGCUUCGCCCUUUACACUCGCUUAAAGGGGACCUAUUAUACUAAUUUUCAGGCCUUUGUAUUGAGUUCUGGACUCCUGUAGAGCAGCAACACACGAUAACCCGCACAGAACGCUUUCUAGAUCUUCCAGACUCUGCACCUCUUCCUGCAGUGAUCCUGCCUCCCGCCCAAAUGGUCUGUGUAAUUUACUCCAUCCCGGCCCUCCUCCAGGCACGCGUCCCGCCGAGCCCACUCCGCUGUGAUUGGUCACACUCCCUCCGCUUGCUGUAUGCACACUCUUUAAUGCUACAGAGACAACCACUUUUGUCCCAUUACUUGAAGAAAAUAAACACAGUUAGAACACUGAUCAAUUAUUUACAGCUUGCUCUUCUGACUCUUCGACACGGCCAAGUCACGUCGGAAAGGCGUCGGACUUCAGUAUGGCAGCUUCGUAUUGGCCCAUGUUCACAAAACAGUCCCGUGUGAAGUGCCGUUGACAGAUGAGCAUAUUUUUCUCUCGCUGGCUGGGAAUCAGCAACUCCAACCACUUCUGCCUGAUGCUCGCCUCUUUAGGCGCACCCCAACCAACAUUUCCUGGGAGCCAUUGCUCGACGUGCUAACACGGUGAACAGAGUAAAGCAGAGCAGGGUGAGGGCAGGCCUACAGCUUGUGCCUGGGCACGCCCAUAUAAGAAAGUCCGGGUUGCAUUGACGUCAGUGGACAGCAGAGCUGUCCAAAACUGCUUUCAGGACUCACUUGCAGAUGCGCAAACCUCAUUAUCUGACGCGUCGGCAUCGUUUAACACAAGAAUACAACAUUGUAAGAACAUAUAUAGGUCAGAAACAAGGAAAAGCAUAAUAGGUCCCCUUUAAAUACAACACAGCCUCAAAUAGUUCACAUACUUUGGCAAAUAGUGGCCAUUCCUCGAAUUAUUUCCAUGUUCACAGAUGUCUUUCACUGUUUCUUUGGGUAAUUAACUGCUGGACCCAACUGAACUCUGUUGCUUACCAAAACAGCAGCACCCAUUGAGUCAUGAGUCGCUUCCAGAUGUAUUAUGUCCUGUCUUAAAGGAUCUUGCUGUUUUCCAGCGGUUGGCGGUCAAGUAGGCGUUCAUGAUUAUGUUUCGGUUAGUUACAUUUCUCUGCAUUUCUCAUCAUUUUUGUCUUGUUGAAACCCGAGUUUCACUUGACAUUGCAUUUUAAACAAGCAGGCUAUGGCUAUCUACAUUUAAUAUUGUAUAUUAUUGUAAAUAUAAAGGUCUCCCACCAUCUGCAGCUGAGUAAACACACUACUUCCAGUCACUGAGGAAAUGAGGAAAUAUGCUAGUUUGGCAUUUGUUUAUAUGAUGGGGAGAUACCCUUCUCAAGAUAUUUCUCCCUGAUAAUCCGCAGUAUGAUCAAAAAGAGAUUUCAGCCAACGUCCCUGUCAAAAGUAUUGGAUGUCAAAUGAAUUUGGUUAUUUUACACAAGGUCAGAGAUGUGAUAAGGUUGUAAUUAGUACUUUAUAUAGUAAUGUUUCACACUGAUGUUGGAUUAUAGCGUUUCUCUAAUUCUUUUUGCAGAAUUUUAAACGGAAAGGAAAUGUGAACAUUUGACCUGUUGAGCUGCAUAUCUGCUACAAUGCUGCUCACUGAAUGAUUAGACAUCACAGUGUUUAACCUACCGCCAUUGUUGUUGACGUCUUUACUUUUUAAAGUUGUAAUACAACUUUCUGCCGCUUUGUUGUCUUACUGUGAAUAAAUAUAGAG